AAUUCCCCACAAGCCAGUUUUUCAGUUUCGUAACAGUUUUGCUCCUCGAACGGUCACUCUCUCUGUAAUUCGAUCGACAAGAGCCUGAGUCUAAGCCUUAUCGCCUCUCCAUCAAUUCUUUAUGGUGGUUAAAGGAUGACACAUUUGAAUCAGAGUCUGCUUAGGGACAUCAACUAUUUCCCGGUGAUAAAUCUGUUGAUUUAAUACGGAAAGAUUCUAACUGGAGGGGAAUAAUGCAGCGAAGUGUUAAAAAGUCGAAUGAUAACAUCAAGGUUUUCAUCACAGCAAUUAUGGGAAUUGUUUUGGGGUUUUCUCUCGGUAUUUCAAUGCCAUCCUCGAAUAUCACCAAGAUUCGCUUACCUUCAAGCUUUGGACGUUCUUUUGAUGUGCCGAUAGCUGAUAUAGAGAAAUUUUUAGCUGACAUAAACCGUUCUCAGGCUGUUACAGACCAGUCCUCUGGAACUGAAGGCCUUGAAUACCUAGGAUCAAUGAAAUUACCUAAGAUGUAUGUUCCAACAAAUCCUCAUGGGGCAGAAUCACUACCUCCUGGAAUUGUUGUAUCUGAAUCUGAUUUUCAUUUGCGAAGGCUAUGGGGUGAACCAAGUGAGGAUCUGCAGAAAAAGCCAAAGUAUUUAGUGACAUUCACUGUUGGUUAUGAUCAGAGAUAUAACAUUGACGCAUCAGUCAAAAAGUUUUCUGAUGAUUUUGCAAUUUUGCUCUUUCAUUAUGACAAUCGGAUUAAUGAAUGGGAUGAAUUUGAGUGGUCAAAGAAAGCGAUCCAUGUUAGUGCAAGGAAACAAACAAAAUGGUGGUAUGCUAAGAGGUUUUUGCAUCCUGAUAUUGUAUCAGCUUAUGAAUAUAUUUUUAUAUGGGAUGAAGAUCUUGGAGUGGAACACUUCAAUGGAGACAAAUUUAUGGAGCUAAUAAAAAAACAUGGUUUGGAGAUAUCUCAACCUGCUCUUGAAAAUAGUGAUUCAACAUGGGAAAUGACAAAGAGGAGAGGUGAUAGAUCAGUUCACAAGUUCACAGAGGAGAAACCAGGCUGGUGCAGUGAUCCACACUUGCCUCCUUGUGCUGCCUUCGUGGAAAUUAUGGCUCCAGUCUUUUCUCGUGAAGCAUGGCGAUGUGUAUGGCAUAUGAUUCAGAACGACUUAGUGCAUGGAUGGGGACUGGAUUUUGCUCUCAGAAGAUGUGUAGAGCCAGCACAUGAAAAAAUCGGUGUAGUUGAUUCGCAGUGGAUUGUUCAUCAAGGGGUUCCAUCUCUCAGGAGCCAGGGAGAUGCUGAUCACGGAAAACAGCAAGGGGAUGCGGUUAGAGCAAGAUGCAGAAAUGAGUGGGCUUUGUUCCAGACUCGUCUCACCGAUGCUGAUAAGGUGUUCUUGGAAGGAAUUAGGGGUUAA